CACCUGCUGCUCCUUGACCCCAACAGAAGAAAACUCUCGACUCCCAAAAAGUCCAAGCUCCCCGCCUUCGCCUUUGACCUCGCCGGCGACCACCCAAAUCUGCCGCCGCCGAUGCCGCAGGCGAAUUAGCCCCUGCCACCCGCUCUGCCUCCUCCAUGGCGUCCGAGCGCCCGCUCCUCAGCACAACUCCGGGCGCCUCUACCCCCGACGACGCCCCCUCGCCGCAUCCCCCGGCGGCCUCGCUGCUCCCGCCGGCGCAGCCGGAGCCGCCCCUCCGCGCAGACCGCAUCGCCUUCUCCGUAGAGGUCCCCGACCCCUUCCUCCCCUCCCGCCGCGGCGACGGCCCCGCCGACGACCCGUCUACGUUGUCGCAGCGGGAGCGGGAGGACGGGGACGACGAGUCCCGCGCCGUUGCCGUGGGGGAGCCCUCGGCGGCUUUCGCGGGGAACGCCAUACGGACGGCCAAGUACUCGGUGCUCACCUUCCUUCCGCGCAACCUGUUCGAGCAGUUCCGCCGGCUGUCGUACGUUUACUUCCUCGCCAUCACCGUGCUCAACCAGCUGCCCCAGGUCGCCGUCUUCGGCCGCGGCGCGUCCGUGCUCCCGCUCGCCUUCGUACUCUUCGUCACCGCCGUCAAGGACGCCUACGAGGACUUCCGCCGCCACCGCUCGGACCGCAUGGAGAACAACCGCCUCGCCUCCGUGCUCGCGCCGGGCACCGCGGACGAGUUCCAGCCCAAGAGAUGGAAGCACAUACGCGUCGGGGACGUCGUGCGCGUGGCGUCCAACGAGACGCUGCCCGCGGACAUUGUGCUCCUCGCCACCAGCGACCCCACCGGCGUCGCUCACGUCCAGACGGUUAAUCUCGACGGCGAAACCAAUCUCAAGACGAGGUAUGCCAAGCAGGAGACACAGGUCAGGUUCUCCCAGAAUGGUGGUGUCGGCGGCGUCCUGCAUUGCGAACGGCCCAAUAGGAACAUUUACGGGUUCCAGGCGAAUCUGGAGAUUGAUGGCAAGCGUGUCUCACUUGGACCGUCCAACAUUGUGCUUCGUGGGUGUGAGCUCAAGAACACCACCUGGACCAUAGGGGUUGUGGUGUAUGCUGGGAAGGAGACCAAGGUCAUGCUCAAUAGCUCCGGGGCGCCAUCGAAGCGGAGCCGCUUGGAAACGCAGUUGAAUCGAGAGACAGUCAUAUUGUCAAUUAUGCUUAUUGGGAUGUGCACGACUGCAUCUGUGCUUGCGGGAAUUUGGCUGCUGAAUCAUCAGAGGGAGCUGGAGUUCACCCAAUUCUUUAGGGAGAAGGAUUACACGACUGGGAAGAACUACAAUUACUAUGGCGUUGGCAUGCAGAUAUUCAUUACAUUUCUCAUGGCAGUGAUAGUGUAUCAGGUCAUCAUUCCAAUCUCAUUGUAUAUAUCAAUGGAGUUGGUACGGCUUGGGCAGGCAUAUUUCAUGGGUGCUGAUAAAGACCUGUAUGACGAGUCAUCAAGGUCGAAGUUCCAGUGCAGGGCUUUGAAUAUAAAUGAGGAUUUGGGGCAGAUUAGGUAUGUGUUCUCUGACAAGACGGGGACAUUGACAGAGAACAAGAUGGAGUUCCAAUGUUCAUCGAUUCGUGGGGUUGAUUACAGCUCUGGUAAAGAUACAGGUGGAUACUCAGUUGUAGUCGACGAACAUCUAUGGACACCAAAGAUGGCAGUUAAAACUGACCCUCAGCUUGCGAACCUACUGAGGGAUAGUGGUACAAAUGAGGAAGCGAAGCUUGUCCUUGAAUUCUUCCUUGCUCUUGCUGUCUGUAAUACCAUCGUGCCACUUAUCCUAGACACAAGAGACUAUAAACAAAAGUUGAUUGAUUAUCAGGGUGAGUCCCCUGAUGAGCAGGCACUAGCAUACGCUGCAGCAUCUUAUGGAAUUGUGCUUGUUGAGCGAACAUCUGGUUAUAUAGUGAUUGAUGUCCUUGGUUACAGGCAGAGAUUUGAUUUAUUAGGACUUCAUGAGUUUGAUAGUGAUCGUAAGAGAAUGUCUGUCAUAGUUGGUUGCCCUGAUAAGACUGUUAAGCUGUAUGUGAAAGGUGCGGACAGUUCAAUAUUUGGAAUUACAAACAAAUCAUCUGACUUGGACAUUGUUCGUGCUACAGAGGCACAUCUCCACAAGUAUUCAUCACUUGGUCUAAGAACUCUCGUCGUUGGUAUGCGUGAAUUGAGUCAACCUGAGUUUGAGGAGUGGCAAUUGGCUUAUGGGAAUGCCAGCACAGCAGUACUUGGAAGAGGAAACUUACUUCGAUCUGUUGCCGCAAAUGUAGAGAGCAAUAUCCACAUAUUGGGGGCCACUGGGAUUGAAGAUAAGCUCCAAGAUGGGGUUCCAGAAGCAAUAGAGUCUCUUCGUCGAGCGGACAUAAAGGUUUGGAUUUUAACAGGAGAUAAGCAGGAGACAGCAAUUUCUAUUGGUUACUCUUGUAAGCUGCUGACCAGUGACAUGACGCAAAUUGUUAUAAAUAACAAUUCAAAGGAGUCUUGUCGGAGAAGUCUUGAGGAAGCACUUGCCACAACUAAGAAGCCCAGAGCUGCUUCAAUUGGUACACUGAGUCCAGCGUUAACAUCAGAAUCUUCUAGUAUAACUCUUGCUUUGAUUGUAGAUGGUAACAGCCUUGUUUACAUUCUUGAGACGGAGUUGCAAGAAGAGCUUUUCAAAGUGGCAACUGAAUGUAGCGUUGUCUUAUGUUGUCGAGUGGCCCCAUUACAAAAGGCAGGGAUAGUUGCUCUUAUAAAAAACAGGACAGAUGAUAUGACUUUAGCAAUUGGUGAUGGUGCAAAUGAUGUUUCAAUGAUCCAAAUGGCUGAUGUUGGGGUUGGCAUAAGUGGCCAAGAAGGUCGACAGGCUGUUAUGGCAUCAGAUUUUUCUAUGGGGCAAUUUAGAUUCUUGGUUCCUCUUCUAUUAGUUCAUGGUCACUGGAAUUAUCAACGGAUGGCCUAUAUGAUCCUUUACAACUUUUACAAGAAUGCCACAUUUGUCUUGGUUCUUUUCUGGUAUGUACUUUAUACAGCAUUCACUCUGACAACUGCUAUCACUGAAUGGAGUAGCCUUCUGUAUACUGUGCUUUAUACAUCCCUUCCAACGAUUGCCGUCGGAAUUCUUGACAAGGAUCUCAAUAAGGCAACACUACUAGCUUAUCCAAAGCUAUAUGGAUCUGGCCAGAGGGAUGAGAAGUAUAACGUGAAUCUGUUUGUGUUCAAUAUGCUUGAAGCGCUCUGGCAGAGUUUGGUUGUUUUCUACUUACCGUAUUUUGCAUAUAGACGAAGCACAAUAGAUAUGUCUAGUCUUGGAGAUUUGUGGGCACUUGCACCUGUUAUAGUUGUAAAUAUGCAAUUGGCCAUGGACAUCAUUAGGUGGAAUUGGAUAAUACAUGCGUUUGUUUGGGGCACAAUAGCAGCAACAACCAUCUGCCUCUUUGUGAUAGACUCCAUAUGGAUUCUUCCAGGUUAUGGGGCAAUCUUUCAUGUAAUGGGGACCGGUCUGUUUUGGUUACUGCUGCUUAUCAUUGUUGUUACAGCAAUGGUCCCGCAUUUUGUAAUCAAGGCUUUCACAGAACACUUCAGGCCCAGUGAUAUUCAAAUCGGCCGAGAGAUGGAAAAAUUCUGGAAUGUAAAUCAUCAGGUGAACCGCUCAGAAAUUCCAUUGAGAACUUUUUCAUGACCCUAGCAGGGAAAUUAUAGUGUUUCUUCCUUCUUUUUUUCUUUUGUUUUUUUUCACCCUUUUGGUGUGCAUACGAGUUGAUUCAUUUAGCUGUAAUGUGAUAGAUUUAGCCUCCGAGGCGUAUGUAUGUAACCAUCAAACAUUCACUGAAAAGGAAAUAGGAAAUUUUCAUCCUUUUGUCGCAGCAUAGUUGCAAAGUAAAUGGGUGAACAGUGUAAUGUGAAUGUGAAAUAUACAGAUGUUUGGAAAUUUAAUUUCCAAGGUUUUUUUCA